AUGGAGCUUUACCUGACGGAAAGUUCUGGAGCUUUACCUCCAACUAACUGCUCUCACAUCAACUCCUCUAAUCAGGGGCUAAUCACCAUGGCAAAGGAGCGCCUAGCAGUUGCGUCGCUUUUGGGAUUGUUGACAGUAUCGACGGCAGUGAUGAACGCUGCAGUCAUCGCUGCUAUACUGAACACCAGGAAACUUCGCCUUCCAGCCAACUACCUCAUCUGCUCGUUGGCCAUUACAGACUUCCUGGUGGCCGUGCUGGUGAUGCCGCCCAGCAUCCUGUACAUUGUCAUGACAACGUGGAGCCUGGGAGAGGUGGUAUGUGAGGUAUGGUUAAGUGUGGACAUGACCUGCUGUACCUGCUCCAUCCUGCACCUGUGCGUCAUUGCUCUUGAUCGUUACUGGGCCAUCACAAAGGCUGUUGCGUACGCACGGAAAAGGACGCCUCGGCGUGCUAUCAUCAUGGUCACUGGUGUCUGGGUAGCGUCUGUGUUCAUUUCGGCACCUCCUCUGUUCUGGCGUCGUCGCCAGGCCGUUCGGGAAUGCGUGAUCGAGCACGACCAGCUCGGAUACAGUAUCUACUCCACAUUCGGAGCCUUCUACAUUCCGAUGACUCUAAUUCUCAUCCUUUAUUAUCGAAUUUACAAUGCCGCAAAGUCUUUGUACCAGAAGCGUGGCUCAUCACGCCACCUCAACGACUCGUUGAAUCAUUUUCGGGGCGACCUGUCCACCUCUGAUCAAGGCGUGGAACUGGAGAAGCUAAACAGCCCUGAUGAGAGAAACCAAUUGUGGAGCGCACGUGAGAGGAAGGCGGCGCGGACCCUCGGCUUGAUCCUUGGAGCCUUCAUCAUCUGCUGGCUGCCAUUUUUUAUUAAAGAACUGCUAUUGGCGCUGAAGGUUAUGCGUCCUAUGCCGCUUGUGUCUGAUUUCCUGACGUGGCUCGGAUAUUUGAACUCACUUAUUAACCCGCUGCUUUAUACUAGCUUCAAUGAUGAUUUUAAACAAGCAUUCAAAAAACUGCUCAGCUGUAAAGGGCACACAUAGACCCCCAUUGGACUCCAACUUCUGGCUUUCAAUACGGGUUUUCUACACCUUCAGUUAAGUUCCCUCAUUCAUCAGAACUUGAGGAAUGUAGGUGAGAUGAUUGUUAAAUGAGGACCAAGAAGGUAUCACUGUUGCACCAGGAACACCAGUUACCCAGGAACUAUUACUACAGUCGUAUGCAGUGUUUCUUGACCAGACAGUAAGAGUCUCUGUUUUAGCAGCAACAAGGUGAUUCCUCACUCAGACGUUUUGCCGUGUCACCAUCGAGACUUGAACUCAUGUCCUUACCGCGGUGGGCUUGCAUGUUGGACUGCUGCACCACUCGCAAGCAAAUACUUUUUCACAGGGUGAUAUGGGUGUUGAAUAACUUUGUCUUU